GCAAAUCUGUAACCGCCGUCAGGUUCUUGUAAUGGAGGCAGGUUUCGAUAUGACACAGAUUUCAACUAUGUACUUCCAAACAACUGGAUUUUAUGAAUAGAUCUGUAUGUUUUUAUUGUUUUCGGGAUACGAGACAUACAGGCCGUCAUUGAAAUUAUUAUUAAUCACCUGAUUGUGUCGUUUGACGACAGGUCGUGUGUAUAACCGAUCCCGGUUUAGGAAACAAGGUUGGAGGUGAAAGCAGGGAUCGACCAACUGACCAGCCGGGAUGGGGAAGAUCUUGUCAAAGGUGUUCGGCAACAAGGAGAUGAGAAUACUCAUGUUGGGGCUCGAUGCAGCAGGAAAAACUACUGUGCUAUACAAGUUGAAGUUAGGCCAGUCAGUUACAACCAUCCCAACAGUGGGCUUCAACGUGGAGCAAGUCAACUACAAGAAUGUCAAGUUCAGUGUCUGGGACGUUGGGGGGCAGGACAAGAUUCGACCUUUAUGGCGGCACUACUUCACAGGAACACAAGGUCUCAUUUUCGUAGUGGACUGUGCUGACCGGGACCGUAUUGUCGAGGCAAGACAGGAGCUGCAUCGCAUCAUCAAUGAUCGCGAGAUGAGAGAUGUGAUUAUUCUGAUAUUUGCUAACAAACAGGAUCUCCCAGAUGCUAUGAAGCCACAUGAAAUUCAAGAGAAGCUAGGAUUAACGAGAAUACGUGACCGCAACUGGUAUGUUCAGCCGGCUUGUGCAACAACGGGUGACGGACUCUAUGAGGGCCUAACGUGGCUCACUUCCAACCACAAGUCUUGAUUGAGGCUGGGCUACAUAGCACCAGUCUGUUUUAUAUCACAAACUCUGCAAAACAUACUGACUAAACAGAGUGGACAGAGACACAGUAGUGGGCCAGCUCUGGACACUCAUGCAAGUGACCUGUGUAUAGACACUGACAGUGACAACCUUCAAGCUUGACUCGGCUUGUGCAGGCUUGUCACAAGGGAUUUAUUUCUGGUUUUUUUACGGUGCUUCAUUUGAUCCUGUAAAAAGUGUUGAAAGGGGCCAGAGUGUAUAUUUUGCAAGUAGACUUUUUGUAUACUUCCGACUUAUUUGCCUCUCUGUACAGUUAGAAUGCAUGUGGCCAUGUGGGCACGUACCCAGCGCUGUAGUCAGACUGCAUGGUUUCUCUAAUUCUCCCAGAUAGUGACAUAGUUGGCCCACGAUGUCCAUAUCACUCAUGUUACUCUCAUAUAUUUAUUCGUUGCGUCGUCCUGUUGGGAAAGACGAUCCUGCCAUGGAAUGUGAAGACGAUGAUGCAGCAUGGCCUGGUGUGUAUCACCUCUGACAUAUCGCUACACAAACUUCUUCACUUUUUUAUUGGUCAGGAAAGAGUUUUGUAUUAUGUUUUUUGUGUGAAAUUAUCAGAUUCAUUGAGAUCUCAUCCGCUGAAAAACUAUACAAGGCUUGGAGGGGAAUCAGCACAAUUCUACCCGCAGCAGAUGUCUCAUAUAUACUCAUGUCACCGUUACAAGAAGACUGUGUGUGAAUCACUGGUUUAUUGUUUGUAAUUCAGAACCAACUCAGCUAUCUGUCAGUUCUGGACACACAAGAACUUUACUGUAUAUAAGAAAUUUUAGAGAUUAUUUUGUGUUUUUCACUUGUAAAGAAUACUGUUUAGGUUCACCUACAAGUAAUUAGUACUGGCUGUCUGAUUCUGUCUGUGAAGAAUAAAGACAGUCAUCAAGAGUAUCCAGAUUUCAGCAGAAGCUUGUGAUGCAAGGUUAGCCCAGGACCUUCUUGAUGUCAAGGUAUAUGCUGAAAAUACAUUUCAAAUAUCUAAUGUGUCUUACAAUUGUUAAGAAUGGAGUAAACGUGAAGGUAAAUAAUA